CAUGAGUGGCUUUUUCUCAACUAUUUUUUCCAGUCUGUUUGGAACACGGGAGAUGAAGAUUUUAAUUUUGGGAUUAGAUGGAGCUGGAAAAACAACCAUCUUGUACAGAUUACAAGUUGGAGAAGUUGUUACUACUAUUCCCACCAUUGGUUUCAAUGUCGAGAUGGUAACAUACAAAAACCUUAAAUUUCAAGUCUGGGAUUUAGGAGGACAGACAAGUAUCAGGCCAUACUGGCGGUGUUAUUAUUCAAACACAGAUGCAGUCAUUUAUGUUGUAGACAGCUGUGAUCGAGACCGAACUGGAGUGUCCAAGUCAGAGUUAGUUGCCAUGUUGGAGGAGGAAGAGCUAAGAAAAGCAAUUUUAGUGGUGUCUGCAAACAAACAGGACAUGGAACAGGCCAUGACCCCCACAGAGAUGGCAAAUUCACUCGGGCUCCCUGCCUUGAAGGACCGAAAAUGGCAGAUUUUCAAAACAUCAGCAACUAAAGGCACUGGCUUUGAUGAGGCAAUGGAAUGGCUGGUAGAAACAUUAAAGAGCCGGCAGUAGCCUCACAUGAUGAAGGCAACAUCAGACAUCCCUUCAGGAACAGUCACAAGAACCACACGCUACCAAAUGGUAAUACAAUUCCUGGCCUAUACUGGACUGGCUGAAA